CAGCAAAGGUACUCCGGACAUUAGGAGAUGGACAACCAACAAUACCUUGGCUGUAGCUAUAUAGUUGAUCACCAGCACCCACCGCCCACUGCUGCUGUUGUGCUGGUCAUCUUUCUCUUAACCCUUGGGUGCAAGAGAGACGGAUCUAGCUUGGAGGAAUCGAACUUGUGGGGUAUGAGCUCUGCUGGAUUUGCUGGAGCUCCUGUGAGCAAGUCGUUGGCCAUCGUCACCGCCGUUUCCACCUUGGUUGUCCUCCAAAACAACAGCCAAGAUACAGCCGCGCUCAUCGGUAUUAGAGUUUUCGGGGACGAUGGCCAAUGGUGGCGUCUUCUCACCAGCAUGUUUCCACUGGGAAGCGUGUGGGAGCUGAUCCUGUGUCUCAAUAUUAUCCGAGUGUUCCGGAUCCUUGAGAGGCAUCUUGGAUCUGCGAAGUUUGGUUCCUUCUUGUUCCUGGCUGCGUUGUUGUCCAAGAGCAUCGAGCUGGCCCUGUGCGUGGAGUUCCCUUUUUUCCGGCCACCACUGGGCCCGCUUCCCAUCCUGAGUGCUGUUGGGGUAGCUUAUUACGGUUACAUACCGUCGACUGCACCAGCAUACUUGACCGUCGGGAACGUGCGCGUGACUGGCAAGUUCUUCGCAUACGCCGCGGUGCUGGUGCUGGCUUUCCACGACACGUACAACUCGGCGAUGUCUGCCGGGUGCGGUGUUGUGGUGGCGCUCCUUUACUGGUCACACCUUUCACCACUCCAGAGCUUCCGGAUUCCGGGUCGUCAGUUAUUUGCGAUAUGCGGAGCCGCUUUCCCGGGAGGAAACCAGAUCGAAGCUCGGCGAGCACAGAUAACCCGCAUCCAGAACAUAGUGGGGCGUAGACGACAAGCGGACCGAAUGCUAGCCGGCGUGGCAGGAGCUGACGCGGGGCCUGCCACGGGGCUUCGACAGCGAAUGGAGAUACCGGCGCCAAGCGAAGAAGAUAUCACUCUGCUCAUGGGUCUUGGGUUUGAUCGUGAAACGGUCGUGAGAGUUCUCAGGUCUACUGGAAACAAUACUGAGGCAGCAGCAAAUCGUUUGCUUGGGCAUUGAUUGGACGUAGUGGGCACCACCACCACAAAGACUAAAUGACACUUGGAUACGGAGCCUACUGACUCAUGAAGAUUUACUCCCAAAAACUGAGUCGCCAGCAUGUGAAGAUGAGUCCAUCAGCAGUAGCGGUUUCAGCACGUUUUCGCGAUUUCCCUCACAAAUGUAUCCAUUAAGGACCAUUUCGUCGAGGAUGAAGUGUGUUUUCUCCAGGUUGAACAUAAUGUCCAGCUCGCACACGCUCUGGAAGUACUGUGAUGGGCACGAAAGACAGAGCAUCGGGCAGUGUAGAGGAAGGUUUGGGGAUGACGAAGUAAAGCAAUGGACUGCAACAAGAGGCUGAUUUUCCCGAGCUUACGAACUGAAGGCGCCCGUCUGGCCACUCCAGCACACAGGUGGGAAUGAACCACCGACACGAGGUAUGUGUAUUUUUGCGCUCGCCGUGUCUGAUCUUGACACACAAUUUUUCCCGGCGACGUUGGCUAGAAUUAUCUGUGGCAUGCUUCCCGCGAGGUCACUAUCCGACGAAACGUUCAACAUGAGCUCAACGCCUGGGGCAACAUGCAAACGUCCAGGCCGUGAACCAAUGCAGAGCGUCAACGUUAAUUUCUGAUCUGACCUGGCAUCGUAGUCAACGUAUGACCAACUUAAUCACUCACGAGAUGUUCGCGACCGUGCGAAGUCAAUGAACCAAUGAACGCCUGCACACAAGUUACCGUGUCCUACAGAUAGCGCCCGCACUUAACCCUCCAGUACUGGAAGCCCAAAUGGGGACACUUGGGGGACACAGCACUCAAACGCGUACUAACGCACCGUAGUCACCCUAGGCUCCGCUGUGUGACACGCACGUGAGAACUUUGGUUUAUCAUGCUUGGCUGAGGUUGUACGCUGUGUGAUGCUGUGUGAUGCCUCUCCUCGGCCUCUGACUUGCUGUGUACCACCUUCCCAAGGCGCGUGUCCCCUAGGUCGUAAAAACUGUACAUCGCGUGGUACUGGAAAAAAUUGCUGACUUGGCUUCAGUACAAAAAGUGUCCCGAAAACACAUGGGGACACUUUUCAUACUGAAGCCAAGUCACCCUUUGUCUCGCAAGGAGCUCAGAUUCUUUGGAGGGACUGUAGCCCCUCGACUAAUGGUUGACAAACAUUUUUGCGACAAUUUGCGGAGGGACUGGGUACUACGAGGGUUCAGAACCACCUAAUUCGGGGGAGGCUGGAUUCUUAUUUUCUUUGUGGGGUACCCUAGCAGCGACUACAUAGGUUCUGGUGUAAGAAUUAUUGACUCAGCACGUGUUGUUAUGACCAACUGCUUGACGUUC